UUACAGACUAAAUCAUUUUGUGACGUAUGUAAGGUUUCAUGGACGGUAUGGUCAUAGGCAAAAUGUCUGUUCUAUUAUUAACCUGUUUAUUGUACUUGAUAUUGAAUGGACAUUUCAUUGCAAUGGAUAAUGGACUCAAAGAACCAAUAUGUACAUCAAGAUUUGACUAUGAGCAUAAGAUGUUACAUCAAAUGGUAUUGCAGGAAAUUGAUCAAAAGAAAAUGAAAGAAUCCAUCAACGAUCUGAAUACAUUGAUAAAUACUCUGAAAGAUGAAAAUGCUGAAUACAGAAAAGCAGUUAAAGCAGUGGAGGACAAUUUGCAUAAGAUAGAGGUCAAAGGCUUCCGUGGGAGCUCUGAAAGUUCGUAUGUUCGUUGGGGAAGGACAAAGUGCCCUGCCAAUGGAACAGAGCUUGUCUAUAAAGGAUUUGCCGGUGGUGCGCGUUAUGACAAAAAAGGCGCGUCUAAUUAUCUAUGUCUGCCUGACAAACCGUUAUGGGGUGCGUAUGAAGAUGCGGAGCAAUCGUCUGGUACUGUAUGGGGAGUUGAGUAUGAACUGCAUCAAAGAAACAUGGAUAAUUUCUUUGGAAAACCUCUGCAUAACCACGAUGUGCCAUGCUGUGUAUGUACGACAAAGCGAUCAAAUGUUCUGAUGCUACCUGGUAGGAACGUCUGCUAUGAUGGUUGGACAUUAGAAUACAGCGGAUAUCUUGUGAGUGAUCACGAGACACAUCACGCAAGCGAAUUUCUUUGCCUUGAUAGUGGACCAGAAUUUCUUCCCAAAGGCUCAUCUGAUAAGAACGGAAGAUUGUUUUAUUUUGUCGAAGCACGUUGUGGAUCACUUCCGUGUCCGCCUUACGUAAACGGAAGGGAACUGUCUUGUGCAGUAUGUUCAAAAUGAAUGAUUCUAUAUUACAAAUAGUUUGUGCAGGGUUUAACUUAAUAGUACGACAAAUACAAAGUAUAAUACACCUAUAAACAGUGCCUGCAUGAACUGCGAAUAUAGCAAAGGAAUAUCUAAGGAAAACCAAAGGGUUAUCUGUCCUGAACGCGAGUAAAAUCGACCUUGCAAUAUUUAAUUCUAAAACAAUACAAAUAACGCCGUUUUUAAACUACUGGGUAAUCGUGAUUCAUUGUCAAUGUAUCUUGUUGACGUAUUUAAGCUCCGUAUCAAUAAAAUAAACUUCAAAAUAUCUUGUGAAUUCUAAGGUUCUUAUUAAGUUAACUGUUAAAGCUGCAUGUCUACAAAUAGGCCAAAGUUUUCC